AUGGUUCACUGGACAUCCGAUGAGAAGGCCACCAUCGUAUCUGUGUUUGGCAAAGUUGAUCUUGAGCAUGAUGGUGGAGAUGCCCUUGGAAGGUUAGAAUGCUAGUUACUAUUUUCACUGAAGAAACAGUCUUAUAUCUGUAUAGAAAUAUUACAUAAAAUAGAAAUAUAUGGUUGGUUAUAUUUAAUUACUAGAGGUGGUACCUACAUUAUUUGAAUGUUUUGCUUUUUGAAUAUUUGCAGUUUUCAGUUUUGUCUUUUGAUUAAUUGUUUAAAUAUACCUAACCUAAGAAAUUUAUUUCUGGAUGAAUCAUAUAUUUUUAUAGAUACUGAAUAAGCAAAAUUGCUUAAAAUGAGUCCUUUACUGUUUUUUUAGAAUUGGACAUGUAUUCUAUUUUACAUUAGAGAUAUUUAUGUUUUGUUUUUGUUUGUUUUUAAAGUGUUUUAACAUAUGUUAUACAGUUUUAUUAUAAUAAAAGUGCUUUACAGAAACAUGCUAAAUCUAUUGCCUAGUCAGAAAUGUAUUUAUUCUAUUUGAAAAUUGCUUUUCUCUCUCAUUAGACUGCUCCUUGUGAACCCUUGGACCCAGAGGUAUUUCAGUUCUUUCGGAGACCUGUCCAACGCAUCCGCAAUUGCUGGAAAUUCCAAAGUACAGGCCCACGGCAAGAAGGUCCUGGGAGCGAUUAACAAUGCAGCCCACCACUUGGAUACCAUUAAGACCACUCUACACGACCUCAGUGAUGACCAUGCCAACAAACUGUAUGUGGAUCCAGAGAAUUUCAGGGUAUGUAUUUAUUAUUUUUAUGUAUUUUAUGUAUUUAUUAUUUUUAUGUAUUUUAUUAUGUAUUGUAUAAUUAUUUUAUCUCUUUAAUGUAAUACUUUCAAUAGUCAGGUAGUUAUGCAUAGUAAUUUACAAUUUUGUCCAACUAAUUGACUAACAUUUUUUAUACUUACUUUUUAUUAUUUUUAUUAUUGGUAUUUUUAUUAAUUAAUUUUGUAUCAGUUUAUGGCUGGUAAUAAAAAAUAUUUUCUGUAAGGUUGCAAUAGAAAAACAUAGGUAUGGAAAAUGUUUACUUAUUUGAUAAAAACAUAUUUAUUAUGGUGGAAUUAAAGCUCUAUAGACCAUCCUCAGUUAAUGCUUUAUAUUGUGCUUUUUGCAGCGUUUCAGUGAAGUGUUCGUGAUUGUCCUGGCUAAUAAACUAGGAUCUUCUUUCACGCCUUCAGUUCAAGCCGCCAUAGAUAAAUUCUUUGCAGUUGUGGUGGAUGGUCUCAGCCACGGCUAUCAUUAA